UAUAGAGAGAGAAUGUGUGUGUGUGUUUCAGAAUUAACGCUUUCUCAUUCGAUUAAAACCUUCAAAACCAGAAAAUCUUGCGAAAUUACACAAACUACACCUCCCAGGAUGCAAAGCGGUUUUUUUCUUUCAUCAUAUUGGCCCGCGAUAAGGAAGGCCCCAUCAUGCCUCGCGGCGCGAACGGCAACCUGGGAGCGGUAGUUCCUGUGGCCCGGCCACUAUCGCCAGCGCGGCAGCGGCAAGAGCCGCGGCACCCGUGCUUGUGUGAGGGUAGCGGAGGGGAGAAAGGGCGCGAACGGAAGCGGUGAGUCAGGCACUGUCUACGCGAUAAAGGGAGGCGGUGCCACGGCCGAGGGCCCAGUUCGGGAACUGUGGAGGGAACCAUAGUCUCUUGUAGGACGCCGGCGUUUUAGCUUCAGUGAGCGAAGGCUGAGGAGGAGCCGGGCGCCCGCCGCCGUUCUCGUCCUCAGCGCCCCGCCGCCAUCUCCACCAUGCAGUCCCGGGAAGACGCCCCGCGCGCCCGCCGCCUCGCCAGUCCCCGCGGCGGCAGGCGGCCCAAGAGGAUGUCCAAGCCGUCGGUGUCGGCGUUCUUCACGGGCCCCGAGGAGCUCAAGGACACGGGCCACUCGGCGGCCCUGCUGGCGCAGCUGAAGUCUUUCUACGACGCGCGGCUGCUGUGCGACGUGAGCAUCGAGGUGGUGACGCCCGGCGGCGCGCCCGGCACGGGGCGCCUCUUCCACUGCAACCGCAACGUGCUGGCCGCCGCGUGCCCCUACUUCAAGAGCAUGUUCACGGGCGGCAUGUUCGAGAGCCAGCAGGCGCGCGUGACCAUGCACGACGUGGACGCCGAGUCCUUCGAGGUGCUGCUGGACUACUGCUACACGGGGCGCGUGUCGCUCAGCGAGGCCAACGUGCAGCGCCUGUACGCCGCCUCCGACAUGCUGCAGCUGGAGUACGUGCGCGAGGCCUGCGCCUCCUUCCUGGCGCGCAGGCUCGACCUGAGCAACUGCGCGGCCAUCCUCAAGUUCGCCGACGCCUUCGACCACCACCAGCUGCGCGCUCAGGCCCAGGCCUUCAUCGCGCACAACUUCAAGCCGCUCAGCAGGAUGGGCUCCGUGCGGGAGGAGACCCUGGCGGACCUGAGCCUGGCCCAGCUGCUGGCCGUGCUGCGCCUGGACAGCCUGGACGUGGACACCGAGAGGACCGUGUGCCACGUGGCCGUCCAGUGGCUGGAGGCGGCGCCCAAGGAGCGGGGUCCUAGUGCCGCCGAAGUCUUCAAGUGCGUCCGCUGGGCGCACCUGGCCGCCGAGGAUCGAGACUACCUGGAAGGGCUGCUGUCCAAGCCAGUGGUGAAGAAGUACUGCCUGGACGUCAUCGAAGGGGCCGUGCAGUUGCGCUAUGGUGACAAGCUGUACAAGUCUCCCGGGCCAAAGCCAAAUGGCAGCGGGAGCGGCGGCGGCAGCGGCUCUGUAGCCGAAAAUCCCCCCCAGAGGCUGGGCAUGUGUGCCAAGGAAAUGGUGAUCUUUUUUGGACAUCCCAGAGAUCCCUUUCUCUGCUAUGACCCAUACUCGGGAGACAUUUACACAAUGCCCUCGCCUUUGACCAGCUUGGCACACACUAAGACCAUCACCUCCUCCGCUGUCUGUGUGUCCCCGGACCAUGACAUCUACCUAGCUGCGCAGCCCAGGAAAGACCUCUGGGUGUAUAAACCGGCUCAAAAUAGUUGGCACCAGCUGGCAGACCGCCUGCUGUGUCGUGAGGGCAUGGAUGUGGCCUAUCUGAAUGGCUACGUUUACAUUUUGGGUGGGCGAGACCCUAUUACCGGAGUUAAGUUGAAAGAAGUGGAGUGCUACAGUGUUCAGAGGAACCAGUGGGCACUGGUGGCCCCUGUUCCUCAUUCUUUUUAUUCUUUCGAACUAAUAGUUGUUCAGAACUAUCUCUAUGCUGUCAACAGUAAGCGCAUGCUCUGCUAUGAUCCCAGCCAUAACUUGUGGCUGAACUGUGCAUCUCUUAAGCGAAGCGACUUUCAAGAAGCCUGUGUCUUCAAAGAUGAAAUCUACUGUAUCUGUGACAUCCCUGUCAUGAAAGUCUACAACCCAGCUAGAGGAGAAUGGAGACGGAUUAGUAAUAUCCCACUAGACUCUGAGACCCACAACUACCAGAUUGUCAAUUAUGACCAAAAGUUACUGCUUAUCACUUCUACCACUCCUCAAUGGAAAAAGAACCGUGUAACAGUAUAUGAAUAUGAUACUAGGGAAAACCAAUGGAUUAAUAUAGGUACCAUGUUAGGCCUUUUACAGUUUGACUCUGGCUUUAUUUGCCUGUGUUCUCGUGUUUAUCCUUCCUGCCUUGAACCUGGUCAGAGUUUCAUCACUGAGGAAGAUGAUGCAAGAAGUGAGUCUAGUACUGAAUGGGACUUGGAUGGAUUCAGUGAGCUGGACUCUGAGUCAGGAAGUUCAAGUUCUUUUUCUGAUGAUGAGGUCUGGGUGCAGGUAGCUCCUCAGAGAAAUGUACCAGAUCAGCAGGGUUCUUUGUAAAUAGUUUGGAACAUUAAGCUGUUUAUAUUACUAUGUGGAAUAUUUCUUAAAACGAUAUCCUUUUUCCUGAAAGAAAAAAGUUGAUUAGGACUGAAGAUUUGGUUAGAAAGGGUAGUAUUUUGAAAUACUAAUGUACAAAAUUUAAACAGUCCCUGAAAUCAGCCUAUUUAAGUAAUUUACUGUGCUAAAAGUCCAGAAUUAAAAUUUGCGUAAGUGAACUAUAUAAUUGAUUAGGAUGCUUGGUAGUUUUUUCAAUAUUUUGGUUAAAUUAAUAUGUGCAUAUUUUGAUCAUCCUAAUUUAGUUUUAUGUUAGGUGUUAAAUUUUGUUUAGUGCUACUAAGAAUUUAACUUAAUUUUUUAACUUAAUUUGUUAAUAGGAAAAUUAGACUGUUAAUUGGUUGGAUUUUGAAGGUGUAUAUUUUCCGUUAGAAUAAUGAAAAUAGAUUUACAUUUUAAGUCAGUUUUCAGUAUGCUAAGUUAAAUACAGUUUGUUACAAUUUGCUUUGCUUUCCUUUCUGCAAGAAAAGUGGAUAUAUGUAUUAAGGUUACUGAAUAGUGGUUUCAUUUUGAUAAAGUGCUCAGUGGGUUUACAAGAUUACUCAAAGUUUUUAAGGCUAGGAGUGGUGGUGCAGGCCUUAUAAUCCCAUCACUUGGGAAGCAGAGGUAGGGGGGUUGACAUGAGCUCAAGGCUAGCCUGGGAUUACAGAGUGAAUUCCAGGUUGGCCAGGGCUAGAGUGAGACUCUAUCUCAGGGGGAAAGAAAAAGUCAGGAUUCCACUGCUUUAAAGAAGUUUCAGUUUUAUUUUAGAGUAAAGGUGAAUUUGCUAAAUGUGGCCAAUUAUCUUAUCUUGAAAAAAAAAUGCAUUCAAGUAGUGUCACCAAUUGUUUGAACACCCUUCUAAACCAACAGAAAAGUUGUUCUGUAGGUUCUGUUUUGAUCUAUACCUGAAAAGUGCUCUGUUGACUCAGAGCAACAACCCUUUUUUCCACUGGACAUAUAAUGAAUAAUGUAAAUGUUUAUACCUUGGUCAUGCCUUGUCUUAAAACAAUUUGUUUGCUUCCCUAAUAUAUUUUGGUUGUAUAGUUUUGUAUUCAUUUGAGAGGUUUCAUCAGCAGAAAUGAUUUAUUCUUUCUGUACUGUGAAAUGAUCUUGGUUUUGAAGAAACAUACAGUAUAAAAGUAGUAUUUUAUUGAGAUCAGUAGUUACAUUGUCUCUCAACUCUUAAGUCAAGUGCCAGCACAGAACUUUAAAAUUUCAAGCUUGUGUAUAGAACUGUUUUGUGCAGUAUUGAAAUAUUGUCAGUUUUGUAAGUCGCUGUAAAUGUUCUUAUCAGCUUGAAGAUAUUUUUGUAUUAAAAGCUAACCAUUUUAAGAACUUAAGUGGAUGAUGAUGGCAUUUGGGGCCAAUAGUGAAUGUAUGUUUUUUCAGAAUUAUUUCCUUACAUGGUGGUAUACAUGGUCAUUUUAUUACAGUACCUGUAUCUAGUUUGUAUUUCUCUGUGAACUCUGCUCCAGUUUCUUGUUUCUGUCACCAUAUAUAAAGGAAAGAACAGAAAUUGACAGUAAAUCACACAAAAUUGACAUUGUUAAAUUUCAGGUGCUUAACAUUUGAAGGUUUAAUGCAUAUGGUUGUCACCAUACUUAUACAUAUUCGUGCUAAAUGGUGUACAGUACACAGAUGUUUAUGGUAUAAAGUUUUCUAUAUCUGCUUAGAACUAUCUUCCCGAAUCCUUAAUAACAAAUUUGAUUCCUCAUCAGUGCUUAUUCUGUAAUGACAGCUAACAUUUUUAUAUUCUUGUAGAGGGCAGGAGUGUGGUUUGGGAUAGGGAAGUGACUUUUGGAUGACAAAAAUAAAUAAAAAGAAAAAAAUCCCACAAAUAAUACUUUAUUCAUCAUUUUGGUUGGCUGCUUGAAGAGUUUGUAAGACUUUCAGAUUAGCAUUAUUUCCAUUGAAAUACUUCUCUUAAAGGAUAAUCAUGCUUUAGUGGCCCAAGAUGAAAUUCCAUCCAUUUGCUAUCAGGAAUGUUAUAAGCAUCACUCUCUACUUAGCUAUUUCUCAGUGGUGGUUUGGGGCCAAGUUUUUCUUCACCAUUAACAUCUAUUGAUAACGUUCUUCUCAGUAAGAUGGAAACGUGGCAGUGCUUAUCCCAACCAGAUUACCAUAUACACAGUUAAGGUCUGUAACUGAUGUCAUCUUCAGCCCUUGAGUUAAAGCUUAGUCUAAAUCUUAGUGAUAUCUUAGCUUACAAUGACAUUUUCUUGGGAAGGAUUUUGAUUUUGUGAUAUAUUUGUAAAUUAGGGAGUAGAUGUUAAUUAUUUUAUAGAUAACUGAUUUGUAUGUGGUUAAUUAUAAAUAAAACUGGUUCUGAAUCCAAGA